CCAUCUCCUGCAUACCUUUUUAGAGUUGAGCGAUGCAAACCAUAAUUUCACCCCGAGGUUAUCUGAUACUUGCAAGAACCCUUUUCAAACACAAAAUCUGGCAAAAUACCGCAUAUUGAAUAUGCUUAAUUAAUUAUAUGCCAUAAUUUUCUUUUCCCCUCGAGUUAUCGUUGCUCUGAGGACCGAAUGAGGUGCUUCGUCGGCGACGUCUUGUAGGCAAAAGAGGGAUGCGAGAGUUUUUUUUUUUUGGCGAAAAGAGUAGAAGAUGCCAACUCUCGAUCUGACUUCUUUUAGUAGCACGUCAAACUUUGUGAGUUUCUAAUUGAUUGUAUUUUAAAAUUAUAACAAAUUUUAUUUUGCUGAUUUCUUUUAGAAAAUUCAUAGUAAUAGGGAUAUUGAGGUGGCUUAACCUUAAAAAGUGCUAAAAUUUUAACGGAGGUGAAGAGGUGAAGUCCAAGUGUAAGCUUCAUGAAAGAAAACAAUUAAAGAGGCAAAUUUAGAAAUAUAAUAAUUUGGUCGAUAAAUUUAAAAAAUACCCAUGACAACAUCACCCCUAUACAUAUCAUUGAAAUUACCCCCGAACAAGUAAAAAGGACUUUUAAAAGCUAAAACUGUUUUUCCAGACAAACAGCGGGCACAAAAAUUUCUUUGUGAAUUCUUCAUUCCAACUGAAUCAUACUAUAACCACAGAAGUCAUGUCUUCAGCUUCAGCAACUUGAGCAACUUGACUUCUCUUCGCAGUCCUCUUUCUUCUUCUUUCCUGCAAUCUACCAGCUCGAUCAGAGAUCCCUUUAGAAUCUAACCAAAAGACAACAACAAUUAGAUUUGCGUCACUCCUUGCGUCAAAACGCACGUGCGGUCAACACCUUAACUGCCCGUUACCUUCCAUAAAGAGCUCCAUUAUCCUUCCCAAACCGGUCAAAAAAUCAAUCCCACGACCCAAAUCCGAGCGCCAACCAUGACGUCCUCCCCCUCGCACGCCCCUCACGUGAUCGAGGACCUCGGCGGCUUCCUCCAACUCCUCUCCGACGGCACCACCCUCCGCUCCUCAGCCCCGCUGUCCCGAUUCCCCGCCGCCGCCCUCGACGGUCACUACCCAAACAUCGUCUUCAAAGACACCCAGUUCGACGCCACCCACGGCCUCAACCUCCGGCUCUACAAGCCCCGCGGGCCCCACCGGGGCAGGCUCCCCGUCCUCUUCUACUUCCACGGAGGCGGGUAUUGUAUUGGGCUGUUUCCGUGGGCCCUGUUCCAUAACGCCUGCCUCCGCCUCGCCGCCGACCUCAACGUCCUUGUUGUCGCGCCGGACUACCGCCUCGCGCCUGAGCACCGGCUGCCCGCUGCCAUCGACGACGCGGUAACCGCGGUCAACUGGCUCCGACCCGAAGCCGACCCCUUCCUCGCCGACGCCGACUUUAAUAACAUCUUCAUCUCUGGCGAGUCUGCUGGCGGCGGCAUAGCCCACCACCUCGCCCUAAAGAUGGGCCCCACCAGAAUCAACGGCUACAUCCUGCUGCAGCCGUUCUUCGGCGGUGCUGAGCGCACAGAGUCCGAGGCCUGUUCUCACGCCGACGCGUCGGCGUCCCUGACCCUUGAGGGGUCCGAUCAGUGCUGGCGGAUGGCGUUGCCGGUCGGGUCCACGAGGGACGACCCGUUGGCGAACCCAUUCGGUCCCGGGGGCCCACGGUGGGAGGAGGUGGAGGUGGGGCCCAUGGUGGUGGUGGUGGCUGAAAGAGAUCUGUUGAGGGAUCGAGGCGUGGAGUACGGGAAGAGGCUGAGGGAGUUUGGGAAGAAAGUGGAGGUUGUGGAGAUUGAAGGGGCGGAGCACGGGUUUCUUUCGCUGGAUUCUCUGUCGCCGGCGGUGGAUGAGCUCGUCGCCAUUAUCAAGAGGUUCGUGGGGGAGAACCUGCGUGGACUUUGAUCUUCGUGGCUUGUGCUUCCGUUUUCUGUCACGUUUGAUACUUCCGUUCUCCAACUUUAAUCUAAGACUUAUUAUAUUUGCUUGUAAUAAUUUGUUUGUUGUGAUUGAAAUUUCAAGCUACGCAAUAAGUGUUUUGCUUCGUCGAA